GUCGCCUGGAAAGGUUUAUUCUUGUAGGGAUUAGUAUAUAUCUAUUUUUCUUUGUUGAUAGUGUAUAGUAUUUGUGUCUGUGUUGCUGAAAGAAGGCUCAAAACUAAAAUGGAAGAUGGUAAAACGGAGAAUAUGAAGGAUUUAGUAGACCGGCUGACAUUGGGUGUAACCAGAAUACUAGAAAGUCGCCCAGGUGUGACAGAAGUUAGAUAUGUAGAAAAGGAACCAGCAGAGCGUCAUACGAUUAUCUCGUGGGAACAGAAGAAUUGUUGCUUACUCCCAGAGGAUCUGAGGAACUUUUACCAAAUGACUGAUGGCUUUUUGAUGACCUGGAGUAUAAAAUUUGAUGGCAAUAACAUGCAGUUGGGAACAAUGGUAAUCAAUAGUAUUUCAACACUCUGUCGACUGGGCACAACAUCUGUUUACAGCUUGCCUAAUUCACCAACUCUGGAUGACCUCGAAAAUGAUACAGAUGAUGAAGGUAAAGAAGAAGAUUUGGAAAAACCUCAGUUUAAUUCGAAAUAUCGAAUAUUUGAACUGGAUUGUUGCAAUGGGAAUGGGAAAGUCUGCCUGGUUUACAAAAGCGUCCAAUCAGGGGUUGUAUCUUCUCAUGCAGAAAUCUGGUUCUUGGACAGAGCACUUUACUGGCAUUUUCUAUCCGAUACGUUCACAGCCUACUAUCGACUUAUGCUUGUUCACUUAGGAUUGCCCCAAUGGCAGUAUGCAUUAACAAAAUACGGGAUUAGCCCUCAAGCUAAGCAAUGGUUUAAUAUGUACAAGCCUGUUGCCUGUAGUGCCAGUCUUGUAGCAGAGAAUGAUAUUGCUUUUACUAACAAGCUGGAUCCCAGUCUAGUCUUUAAGAACAGAGCCAAGCUCCAGAAUCAAAAGAAAAAAGCUUGUGCACAGCUACCUGCGCCUCAGAAAAGUCAGACCAGCCCGGUCACUAGCAAGAAUUCAUCACAAAUCGGAAGUACCACAAAAAAAAUGAUUCCUUAAUUUUUAUGUUGUCAUCCAUAACAAUUGCAACAUAAUUUUCCCUCUUGUUACUGCCACUAUUGCCAUCUGAACUGUUGUGUGUACAGUUCUGCCACAGAAGGGCAGGUCACAAGUUCUGAUAGUAAGAGUGCAAAACUGGAUGAUUGCAAAUACAGAAAAAAGCAGGGCUUUAAUGUUAAUGAUGUACAUCAUGAUACAAAUGCAUGAUUUUUAAAUAUUGCUGGAAAUUAUAAAAACAAAUCCAGUGUUAUGAUGAAAUUUUUAU